AUGGUCCGGCGGUUCAACAACUCUGUGCACAAACAGGUCUCGCGCCUCAUGCGCGGGGGCUUUCCGAUGAAGGAGCCCGCAUGGUACCAAGCCGUGCUCGACCACCCGCCGCUGCCUCUGCCCGCGCGCGCACCUCCCAAGCGCACUGCAUUCGACUCGCACUGGAGCUCAUUCCACGAAAACCCGCAUCAACGACGACCGCUGCCUAUAUACUACAUGGAGGACCGCGUGCGGAAACAGUUCUUCGCGGACCACCCGUUCGAGACGUUCAGGCCGAGAACACUGGUCGAGGAUGAGAAGGUGGAUGAGGAGCAUCCUGUGCGGGGAGAGGCAUGGACGCGUUUGCGCGAGCGCGGUCGCAAUCCUUCCCCAGAAGAUGCGAUCCAGUUCGCGGUGACCCUGUACAAACACCACGGCGUCUCAUUAUCAAACGCCUACCAAACCGCCGUCGCGCAGUUCCGCGCCCUACGCGCUGAACAUCAUCUCAUGACGGCCUACGCGGCGCAGGAAGCCGAGGCGCAGGGCGCCAUCUUCGGCCCGACACCCGUCACUGCAGGCUUCGAGGCGGAGAACGCCGUCAUGGAGCAGAACGUCGAGAUCAAGGCGCGCGCGGACCAGUCGGACGUCAUUGCUCGCAAGCGCUGGCGCAUGGUCGUGCCGCCUGGUGGACCCAAGGGAGAGUGGUCGCGCGGACAGGAAUAUGUCCAGCUGUGGCGCUCGGGCGUACGGCCAAAUUACGAGGCGCUCACAACGCCUCUCGACAACGACCCGCUUGCUGCUCUCGAGCAUCAAAAGGCACAGAUAGAUCGGAUGAUGCAGCCGGCAUAG